AUGAUUGAUAAUGAUAUCGAUAAUCGUGAUUUAAAAUGUAGUUCCAUAACUGAAAAAAAAAUUCAGCCGAUGCUAAAUUAUGCUGAAGAACUUCAAAAAGAGACAGGAACAUUACAGUUUGCAAUUCAAGGCUCACAUAUCUUCAAAAAACUUUGUGAUAUUUAUUUAGAAUUCAAGGAUUGUACGCAAAUGGUGAUUUGUAAAAGUCGUUCAAUAGAAGCAAUUGAUGCGAGUUAUGAAUAUAUGUGCGGUUCAGGUUAUAAAUUAUUCGAAAAGCAUGCAGAUUGCUUUGCUGAAGUCGAAUUGCGUAAGGAUUAUAUAAAAUGUAAAGAAAAUGCUGGAAAUUCUAUUAAAAAUGCCAAAAUAGGCAAAAAUUCAGAUAAUCACGACUAUUUCGAGAAGCUUUGUUCGGUCAUGGAUUCGUAUUUGCGUUGCAGUCGCCCGAUUAUCAAUCGUCAUUGUAGUGCUGAAGCAUGGAAACUUGUUAGCACUGUGACAAUGGAUAGUUUACGAGUAACUAUGCCAAACUGUGAUAUGCAUAAUGCUCUUUUAUAA